UGGAAAUACUGUGAGUGAUAAUUAACAUUUUGUAGGGCUUUUUUGUGCUGUAGGAUCAUGGUAGCAAUGAUAAACACCGGGGAAGUUGAUGAAGACAGACCGGAGGACCUCCCAAAGGAAACAAAAGUCUAUUCUCUGGAAAUUCUUAAAAUAAUCAAGGAAGCUCAGCAACAACAUGGCCUUCGUCAUGGUGACUACCAGAGAUAUAGGGGCUACUGCUCGAGACGUCUUAGGAGGCUGAGAAAAGUCCUGAAGGUGCCGCAAGGGGAUAGAAGGCACUUUAAACGCAGGGAUGUCACCGUUGGCAUGGUACAUGAUGAUAAGUUCCUUCAGGUUCCUCUGACAAUGGCUGAACGUGCCUGGAGCUAUGCUAUGCAACUUCGUAUUGAGGCUAAUACUGAAUCCAGGAAGAAGUUUCAUCUCAUCUCGCGACUGAGGAAGGCUGCUGCUUAUGCUGUCCAACUUCAAGAGUUGAUUGAAAAAGUAAACUGCGAUGCUAGAACAAAGCUGGAAGCUCAAGCUUACGUGGCAUGGAUGCAGGGAUCCCUCGAAUUCGAGUGCCAGCUCUGGAAAGAGGCAAUGACAAAUCUCAAAAAGGCCCAAGUUGUAUACGGUGAGCUUGCAUCAGCCCUCCCAGAGUUAGAACAGAUGAUCUAUAAAGCACGAGUAGAGGAAUUAGCCCCGAGCCUGCGUUAUUGUGCCUACAAUGUAGGUGACACAUCAGCAAUCGACGAUUUGAUGCAGAUGAGAGGACAGUUGAGCAACGAAUUGGUAGCGAGCCUGGACAGUCUAAUGGCACAGACGCGUGAGAAGCAGUCAACUGCUGAGGAAGUGACUUGGCGUGGAAGAUCAUGUGGAGUAGUGCCACCGAGAGCGACAGGCCUCUUGAUAGCAGAUUCCCGUUUGAAUGAGACCCUUGAGAAAACUUCAACUCUCCAGGGAAAAAUUGAUCUGCUUGAGGCUCAUCUUAUCGACUGUAAGGACGUAAUAGCCGCCGUAAGGGAGACCUUCAAGGCAGAAUUGAAGAACAGGGAUGAUAAAACGCCAGCUCAUCACCUGAUAGCUUAUCUGCAGUACAUCAAACUGUCCCGAACACUCGAGAGAAAUCUCGCACUCGUGAGCAUCGCUGAGGCCUCUGAGAAAGCAAAGCCACAGGAUAUUGUUCGACUCUACGAGGCAGCUCUUUAUAACUUGUUGGAAAUGUCGCAGCUGCUGGAUGACGAGGAGUUCAUGAAGGAGCAGGAGGGAAAGAGUAAGGGGUACAGGGCAUUCAGGUGCUUCCACAUGGCCCAGUCCCUGGCUAAUGUUCACAGAUGGGAGGAAGCUAUGGCUCUGUAUCAACGAGCCCUGCAACACACUCUCGACGCCCUCACGGACCAGUCUCUUCUCCCAGAGGAGCUCACAUCCUCCUUAAAAAACCUUGUGAGCUCUAUCGAGGGCGCCCUGAGCGCUGCCCAUGGUCGGAGUGUCCUUGAGAAGGGCGCAGAGGAAGAGGCUGGUACUAUCAAGCAGACGAAGAGCAAGAAACCACUCGUCGAGAGACUCCACGAGUAUAGGGAGGAUAAUUCUUUACUCACCAAACAACCCAAUGUUUUUAAUAUUCCACCUCCGAUGCAGAGCAUUCCUUGUAAACCACUCUUCUUUGAUUUAGCGUUCAAUAUGGUGGAAUUUCCAGAUUUAUCGGAUCAACUUGGUGAUCAAGGGAAAAAGGGACAGGCUGGACUUACUGGAUUUGUUAAGGGAUUGUGGGGGUGGGGAAAUAAGUAAUUGGAAAUUGGGCUUUUUGUAUCGUCUUUGGAUUUGGUUCAUUUCAGAAAUAAAAACAACUUCAUUCAGUGCAAAUAA